AGCAGCCGCAGCAGCAGCAGCUCCCGAGCCGAAGCAGCAGCGAGAGGGCUGGAAGCGGGGCUUUGGGCUUCCCGUAGCACGAGAGGAGCAGGAGCGGACGCUGUGCCCGCGGCCCCUGGGGACCAGGCAUGGAGAGCAGAAAGCUUAUUUCUGCCACUGACACUCAGUACUCUGGUAAUCUACUGAAUUCCUUGAAUGAGCAACGAGACCAUGGCCUGUUCUGCGAUGUCACUGUUAUCGUGGAAGAUCGAAAAUUUCGGGCUCAUCGGAAUAUUCUGUCCGCAUCGAGUACUUAUUUUCACCAGCUUUUUUCAGUUGCUGGGCAAGUGGUUGAAUUAAACUUUAUAAGGGCAGAAAUUUUCGCUGAAAUUCUCAACUAUAUUUAUAGUUCGAAACUUAUGCGUAUUAGAUCAGAUCUACUUGAGGAAUUAAUUAAGUCAGGGCAGUUAUUAGGAGUUAAGUUUAUAGCAGAACUUGGUGUACCUCUGUCACAAGUUAAAAGUAUCUCAGGUACAAUAAAGCAGGAUGGUGGUGAAACCUUACCUCCUGGCACAGAUGAAAAGCAUCUUCAAAUGCAGAAGGCAGAUAAUGAAGGGUCUGAUGCUGGGGUGACUAUGAUGCCUGUUAUAACUGAGACUUUUUCUCUAUGUGCUGAAGAUUAUGAGACCAAAAAGAUCGGUACUGAUUCUGAUGAAGAUGAUGAUGUCAUUUUCUGUUCCGAAAUUUUACCUCCCAAAGAGGCUUUGCCAAGUGGUAACACGGCAGCACAAGUCCAGCCCGACCCAGGGCCUGUUGCCUGUACCGAUCAGGCUUGUAGCUCAAGUAGCUCUCCCCCUCUAACAAAUAAACCCUUGCAGACACUUGCUACCUCUGUGAACCAGACGGGCCCAAGCCAACCCCGAAAUAGUGAAGAAACUCUUAAGGCUUCAGCCCCCAAACAUCUGACUCCCAACAUCAUUUUGUUAAAUCAGCCGCCUCUUAACUCCCUACCUGGUUCCUCACUUCCUAGUCAGGUGUCUCCGGUUAAUUUACUUGUACAGAAUCAUCAGCAGACACCAAAUAGCACUGUGGCUUUACCUAAACGUAGGGCUAAUGUAGAAGUGGAAGCACAGAUUAUAGAGGAUGACGAUGAUGCUCUUAGUUCUAGUCCAGACUCGGGAGUUGGUAAUCCUUCUUUGAUCCCCCAGCCUGAUGCAUCUUUUAAUGGCUCUGCGAUCCAGUCAAAGCAGGUCUCUCUUUUUCAUCAAGAACCACUCUCUAACUCCUUAAAAAUUUCUAAUAUUAUUACUGAAAGCAGUAAGGAUUCAGGUGGAGGUGCAAAACACGUGAUGGAGGGUCAGAAGAUCAUUACGCUAGAUACAGCUACUGAAAUUGAAGGUUUAUCUACUGGUUGUAAAGUGUAUGCAAAUAUUGGGGAGGACACGUAUGACAUAGUGAUUCCUGUCAAAGAUGAUCCUGAUGAAAAAGAGGUCAAGCGUGAUAGUGAGGGCCCGAAAACAUCUGGUGAUGAGCCUUCAAACAAACGCGUCAAAGUCAAACAUGACGAUCACUAUGAAUUAAUCGUAGAUGGGAGGGUGUAUUAUAUUUGUAUAGUGUGCAAAAGAUCUUAUGUCUGUCUGACAAGUUUGCGGAGACAUUUUAACAUUCAUUCUUGGGAGAAGAAGUAUCCGUGCCGUUACUGUGAGAAGGUGUUUCCCCUUGCGGAAUACCGCACCAAACAUGAGAUUCAUCAUACCGGAGAGCGGCGGUAUCAGUGUUUGGCCUGUGGCAAAUCCUUCAUCAACUACCAGUUUAUGUCUUCACAUAUGAAGUCAGUUCAUAGUCAGGACCCUUCUGGUGACACAAAGCUUUAUCGCUUACAUCCAUGCAGGUCUUUGCAGAUCAGGCAAUACGCUUAUCUUACUGAUCGUCCAAGGAGUAUACCCGUAAUAAAGGAAGAUGGAAUUGUGUAUAAGGUUGAUGGUGGGAAAGAACCUUCAGUAGGGACUGCCACAUCUACUCCCCAAAGCAAGCCAAUGACUUGGGAUGAUAUCUUUAUUCAACAGGGAAAUGAUUCCAUGUUUAAACAAAAUGUAACAGAUGGCAGCACUGAGUUUGAAUUUAUAAUACCAGAGUCUUACUGAAUUGCUUGGGUGGGGGGGGAAUAAAACAAAACAACAACCUGAGUUUGUGUCAGGGGGCAAUGUUUUCAAAAGACCAGUAAACACAAAAUAAUUGGGGUGAAAGCAAGUUAAAUUAGUCCUUCAAAGUCAAUCUGAAAGUAGUUUUCAUUUGCAUUAUUUUUAGUUACAGGAAAUUGAUAGGAGCAAAUUUAUCUGAAAUUUUAUUUGAGUAUAAACUCAGGAAUCAUCUCCAGGAUGAGCUGUCCAUUAGUUUAUUUGGGGGGGAGGGUUGUUCAUUCGUUUGCUUUUUAAGAAAAAAUUAAUGGUAUAAAAAAGAAUUUGAAGCAAUCACACCUCUCUGACAGGUAUUAUUGGCAUACCUGAAAAAUUGAACCUAUUUUGUGAAUCUUCCUUUAUGUAUAGCACUUUACUGCUGAUUUCUGCAAAAACAUUUGAACAUCAAGUCUACAAUUUUUGUGUUGUCUAAUGUGUAUGACAUAAAAAUAUCCAGCAGCUUUUAAAGUCAUUUUGAAAAGGUUCAAAAUAACUAUCCUGUCCACUUGGAUGGCUUGCUUUGGGCCCAGCAGUACUGUAUUAUUUCUCUGGUCCAAAUGGAUUGUUAAACUUCCAUCUGGAUAGUUAAAUCUGUCCUUUCACGUAAUAAGCUUGUCAUCUGGAACAAUGACAGAAUUGGGCUCAUCAGAAACAAUCGUGACUUACAUCUGGCCAUGUACCGAAAGAGACCAGUGGCUAGUCCACUUUAUCCCUUUGCCACAUGGGAUAUGUAGAGGGAAUCUUGAUGGACUGAGAUCUGAGUGGUAUGGAAUGGAGAAAAAGGAGAAGUCCUACAGUAAUUCUUUUAAGUUAGGAAACUCAAGAGAAUGAAAUUAGGAAGCAAUCGUUGAUUUACUGGUGACUAACAUGCCCAUGUUAACAUGUGAUGUUACUUUUACUUUUUAACCUGAAGGCUGCACUAUGGGCUUGCAAAUAUGCAUAAAACUAUAAAAAUAACUAAAUUCCAUGGUUUGGGGGGGAGGAAUCCCUCAAUGUAAAUUGUUAAACCUAGAAUUUUCUAAUAGGAAGUUUUCAUUUGAAAUGGGGUGGUUUUAUUUUGUUUUUGUUCUGUUUUGUUUUGUUAUUUUUUCUUAAAGAAAAGCCUUAGCUUUUUAAUGUAUUAUGAGAUAUGCUUUGCUCUAUUCUACCUACAAAUCACUGUGAUGAUAGAGCAUUCAGGAACUUCGGAUGGAGUCUUGCUGGCCUGUUGGUCCAGGCCCAGUUGUAGGACUUCAGUCAGGUUUGUGUGUCACCUUCAAAUUGAUGCAUCAAGGAAACAAAGUCGAUAGGAAACUUUCAUUGGAAAGGCUAGUAAAGUGAGCAAGCACAAAUACUUCACUUAGUAUUUCCUAAGUCAACCUGUUGAAUUUCUGUAAAUGAUUUACAAAAAAGAAAAAAAUGUAAAAAUACAAAAAAAGUCGAUAGAUAUGAAAAGGUUGUGCAUAGUAAUAGUUAUUUGUAACCUUUCAUUAAGUAUUUCUUAUUUGACAGUUUAAAAGAAUUUUUCUUUUUAUGUAUUAUAAGAAUGUUUUUAAAGCUUAAAGCUUUAAUUAUAAAUUUUCAUGCAUAUGUCAUUGUUGCUAGGAUGAAUUAGAUUUGAAGAUAAUUUUUAAAGCUUCUAAAGCUACAAAGGUACCAGAAAUCAGUAUUUUUAAUAAAAGGAGAACAAAACAUAAGUCAUUUUUUUGCCUACCCAGGUGUAUGCUGUGCAUAUGUUUUCUGUCUUGCGUGUGAAUAGAUUUUUCAAAUCAUCAUUUUGUAAAUGAACCUUUUUUUUUUAAAUUGAAGAAAGUAGCUUUUAAUUUAAGACUCUGCUACCCGAAUCACAGUAGUAGAGUUUGUGUAUAGAUGUUAAUGAUGUUAUUCUUUGUUCAUCAGAGUGUACUUGUUUUGGAAAACAUUGUUGGUUCAAUUUUAUCCAUUUCAUUAAUAUACUUCAUCAGUUAAAUGCGAUUAUUAUGAGUGUGAACAAUACCUAGACCAGCAUAGCUUUCAGACUUUUCAGACCUUUCAGACUUAAUGGCCCAUGUGCAGUUAAACACAUAGACACAUUUUGUCAUGCUAAGGCUUAGUAAGUUUUAUGAAUCAGUUGUGACAAAUGGGGAAUCCCUUGUACCACUCCAGUUCUUUAUUCAGAAUGAAGUGGAUAUAAUUAUUUGCUGCUGAAUAUGCCCUAAUGAAGUCCUGAUCCUUAAAUUUAAGCUCUAUGCCUAUUAAAGGUCACUUUUUGAGGGCUAGAAAGGGAACAGGGGUUUGGAGGAAAACUGGAAAAAUUAAGAUUGAAUUGUAUUUCUGCCGGAAGACUCUUAUUUGCAUGUAUCUCAGGGUCUUCAGUUUUCCUAGGAGCAAUUUCAAUAUCCAAAGUCCAGAGUGCAUAUUAAAAAAAAACAAAAAACUUUUUUUGGGGGGGAAUAAAAUCCUUCACUUCUAGUAUUUAUUGGAUUGAAAAUGUGUAGAGGCCCGUUUAUUUUUCUUAAUGGGGCCUAUUGGCCUUUAGAUCUCGGCCUAUUACACUUAUUAUUUUUUUGGUUAUUAAGUUAGCUUUUUCCCUUUGGUCUUAAUGCUAAAUUUCCUGUAAAUAUUAGAAGACGCUUACUUACUCUUUGAAACAGUACUCAUGUUCAAAACAGUCACACAAUUUUACAAGGCUUAAAGUCUUUGCAAAAUAGGAAAAAAUGCCAUAGCAAAUUUGCAAAGGACUAUUUUAAAAUACUGUCAAUGUUCAUAAUGAUAUUGGUAGUAAAUAUCCUCCACCCUGUCACUGAGGGAAACUCUGCUAUGUUUUCCAGUAUAACUAAGAGCAUAACAUGUUCAAGGUAAUCAUUGUUAGAGGCUGCGUAUUUAUUUUCUGCUGUUGUUAAGGUAUGAUGACUGUUAUCAAGAUCUGAGAGCCAACAAACUGGACGUUGUCUUAAGAGCUUUGAUUUCUGUCACUCAGAAUUAAAACUGUCUGCUGUUCACUUUCACCGACACUGUAAUGUGUAUAUAUACACUUGUACAGUCUUUUGCUUAACUUUUAAAGUUGUGCUUUAAAUUUUAACCAGUAAUUCUUGCUGUUAGUUCUUAGAAGCUUUUUAUGACAAAAUAAAAAGUUUUAAUUCCA